CAACUUCUCAUCAGAAAGCGUCACCACCAGCAUAUUCAAUGUUCAGUUCCAACCUGUACCAGUCCAAUGCACGCCUGUCAAUGGUCAGCAGUGGUCAGCUUAGCGCGAUAUGGAACAUUCUUCCGAAACUCAAGCGAGGGAAGUCUGCUCAUUAGCAUAUCUCGCGCACUGCUCCUUCUUGUCAAACAUCGUAGUGAAAUCGUAAUGGAAAACGUCUGGCUUUGCGCCAGACACUGAGACUAAUAAGUGAAGAACUAAUAGCACCUUCCUCUGUAGAAGACAGAGCUCUUGAAUCCUGACAAUGUCGAUUUCAACAAAUGCUGAGGAUUAUGGGAAUAAUGAAAGUCUUGAGUUGGUCUGGGCAGAAAAGACGUUCAAGCAUGCCGAGGUUUAUUUCAAUCUGCUGUGUGCCGUGCAGGAUCCAAAGUUCAUGAGGUUGACCGCAAGUGAUGAUGCCAUUUAUAAUAAGUUUCGUGAAGAAUUCAAGGAUUUUGAAGUUGGGAACAUUGUGGAAGAUACAUUAAAAAGAAGUGAAGCGAAAGCGAAAUGGAGGAAUUUCUGUGAUCAAUUUAAAAAUGUGCCUGACUUUAACUUUGGCACGCUGCUUCGGCUUGACAGUGAGGGGGAAUAUAAUGAAAAGAAUACCACGAUAGCUCCAAGAAUACAGUUUCUAGCGAUCGAGCUUGCACGGAAUCGCGAAGGAUACAAUAUGGGACUUGGGAAGAAAUACAAACCCAGUCCUGCAGAGGAAACGAUUUAGCAUGGUGAUGCUUUGUGGCUCAUAGACUUCAUCCUGAAUGAAAUGCCAUGAUGCUGGCUACCUGUGAAUUGUCCAAGGGUCAUUGCAAUAUCGUUGCUUGGCAUCCAAGCAGGGGGGCAUCAACCUCGGAUAGUCUCUAGCUGGCCGAGCAGAAUGGAAAGUUGAUAAAACUCCUGGUUUCAAUCGUAAUCCUGGUAACUGGUGUCCCAGCAACUCUCGGUAUGAUGGAUGAUUUGGAGAGUCAUCAAGAGUCAUGGUGCUUUUUGGGGACACUGGUAGAGUUUGUGCUUCUUGCUUCACAACAGAAACAAAACCUUCACAUUAUGGCCUGUUAUGUGCUAGGAGUCUCCAAAACUGACGAAAAUGUCAUGCCUUUUGUUAUGCUAGAAAAUUAUGUUGUCUCCAAAAUCAUGUUACCUCCAAAUUUGUGUUACGUCAUGUGUCAGUCAAGGAGGGAAUCAGUAAAGAGACAAACCUACAACUGAGUCAUUAGAAUUAAUGUAAUAAAACCAGAAAAUGUGUAAGGACAUUUUGUGAUAAAA